AUGACCGGUCGCCGUUUUUUCGCCUGGAGGAUGUUUGCAGCCGCUAAGGCACAAGAUGAUAGAAAUUUUAACACAAGUGUGGAAGCAAGAGCUCGAGCGUCUUUUGAUCCUUUGCUACAUCUCACGGAGAAACAAUUUAGAGAGCGAUAUCGUCUUACCAAAAAAUCAUUCAAGUUCUUGUGCGCAGAACUAAGGCGCACAACUAAUUUAAGGUCCACUCAACGUAUGUCUUUGGAACAUAAAGUGCUCACUGCUCUAUUUUUUUUUGCAACUGGAUCCUAUCAACGGCCGGUAGGAGUUGCAAAACAUUUAUCACAGAAAAUGUGCAGUGUAUAUAUUCAAGAGGUGACCGAAGCAUUGAAUGAUAAAAAUAUCAUCAAUAAAUUUAUUAAAUUUCCCUGCACUCAAGCUGCCAGGCAGGCAGUUAGUCAACGAUUUUACAGCAGAUAUGGAAUUCCUGGUGUAGUUGGAUGCAUAGAUCUAAGCCAUUUUAAAAUAGUUGUUCCUCCAAAGGAAGAAGAGCAUUUAUAUUAUAGCCGUAAGCACUAUCAUUCUCUAAAUGUUCAAAUGGUAUGCGAUGAUGAAUACAGAAUUUUGAAUGUAAAUUCCAAAUUUGGAGGUGCAAAUCAUGAUUCUUUUAUAUGGGCAAAUAGCUCACUGAACACUUAUAUGCAACAUUUGCACCAAGGUGGCGAAAUGGUCUGGCUUUUAGGAGACUCAGGAUAUCCCCAACGACCAUGGUUAAUGACACCAAUUUUAGAUGCUACCUCUGGCUCAAUCAAUAGUGUUUAUAAUGAAAAACAUAUGAGAGCUAGGGUAGUCAUCGAGAAUACUUUCUCCAGAAUGAAAAAUCGGUGGCGCUGUUUGCACAAAGACAGAGUCCUCCAUUACAGGCCACUGAAAUGCUCUAAAAUUAUUUUAGCAUGCUCAGUGCUACAUAAUUUAAUGAUUGAUUUUGGGAUUGAGGCCCUAGAUGAAGAUAUGGGUCUGGACGAAAACAUCAAUGAAGAUACAGAAGGAAGUUAUAUAAAAGAAGAAGCCACUUCCGAUUUAAUUAGAGGAAGAAUAUUGAGAGAUCAGUUAGUGAGACGGUUGCAAUAA